CUUUGGCUUCUCCUUUCCUUUGUGUCUGCAGAUUUCUUCAAACAACUCCACCAAACUGAAUCAACAUGUCCCUUCUCACUCACCUGUUGGCAUGUUUGUUCGGUAUGGGCUCCUGGGUCUCCAUCAACGGUCUGUGGGUGGAGCUGCCUCUGAUUGUCCCCCAGAUCCCAGAGGCUUGGUACCUGCCCUCCUACCUCUCAGUCAUCAUCCAGAUGGCCAACAUCGGGCCUCUCUUCGUCACUCUGAUGCAUCGUUUCCGACCAGGCACCCUGAACGAGAGAGCUGUCAUAUAUGUGAUCAUCGGCCUGGGCACUGUAGCAACUUUCCUGCUGGGAUUCUUCUGGAAGGAGACUGUGGUUGUAGCAGGUGUGGCUCGCAGCGUGCCUCUCCUUGUUUUAACUUUCUUCCUCGCUGCUGUUGACUGCACUUCCUCCGUCACCUUCCUGCCCUUCAUGAUGCGUCUCAAGUCUCAGUAUCUGACCACCUACUACAUCGGGGAGGGUGUGAGUGGCCUGCUGCCGUCUCUUGUGGCUUUGAUCCAAGGUGCAGGGGUCGUCCACUGCAUAAACAGCACACAGUCUGUGAACUACACUCUCAACAUUCCCAACGGUUCUGUGACCUCUGACCUCCAGGCCCAGUAUCAGCCUGCAAACUUCUCGACUGAGGUGUUUUUCUUCUUCCUCAGUGCCAUGAUGCUGGUGUGCCUGGGGGCUUUCCUGCUCCUGAACUACCAUCCAUCUGUGGCCAGGGAGCAGCCAAACAGCAGAUACACCAACGGAGUGAAACAAAAAACAAAAAACAGGGAGUUGGUCGAGCAGAAGCCAAUGAUGGAUCCUUACAGACCAGAAAACCAGAAGCCCAGAAGCAGCUUUGGCACCGGCUCUUACAGCUGGAUGGAGGUGUUUUAUAUCUUUGGGAUUCUGGCCUGGGUGAACGCUCUGAGCAACACGGUUCUUCCCUCGGUGCAGUCCUACUCGUGCAUGCCGUACGGGAACAACGCCUACCACCUGUCGGCCAGUUUAGCUGCAUUGUCCAACCCUCUGGCAUGCUUCAUCGCCAUGUUCUUACCAAUCAGAUCCCUGCUGUUCAUGGGAGCCCUCACAGUGAUUGGCACUGGAGUUGGAGUUUAUAUUAUGAUCAUGGCAGUGCUGAGUCCAUGCCCACUGCUGGUUAAUGAUACCUCAGGUGGUGUUAUCAUUGUGUUGGCCUGGGUCCUCUUUAUUCUCACCCUGUCCUAUGUGAAGGUGAUUAUUGGGGUGAUCCUCCGUGAUGAAGGCCACAGCGCCCUCGUGUGGUGUGGAGCUGUAGUGCAGCUGGGCUCUCUGCUGGGAGCUGUGACCAUGUUUCCUCUGGUCAGUGUGUACGACUACUUUUCAUCCGGAGACCCGUGCAACACAAAAUGCUCCUGAAGUCACAAAGAAGACACUGGAAACAGACUCAGUAAUGACUCGCAUGUUUGUGAGUGAAAUGAGAAAAAUCUGUUUAUAUAUUCCUGAUUUUGCUGUGAUCCAACGAGUACAUGUAUGCAUGUAUUGA